GUCUCGAGAAGACCAUGCAAUCUACCAGCCCUCUGUGUGUAAGACUAAAUAUCGAUUGGGUCCUCAAGACCCUCAGACUUGACCUAGAAUCAAUGUCUGCCUCAGCCUGUUCUGACUUUUGACAAGCACAGAGAUACAUGAAGACAUCUCUUAUUUAGCCUUGCAGAAUGCUGAUGUGGUAACCACAGUUUCCUCUGUCUCAACGGAAAGCAGUAGCAGGUGCAUGCAAAAAAGCAGCAGUAAGAAGAUGAGCCUCUACAUGUCAACUAAAAACUGCGAUGGGAGCUGUUAGCUGAGGUCGUGCUGGGGAACUGAAACCGCUUGAGAACUAAACAAAAGGAAAGCAAGAAGAGGAGCCCAGAGGCGUCAUCACUUCUAGACCACAAGACAGAGAAUCAUCAAGAGCAUCACUGAAACAUCACACUUUUUUAAUGCAGGAUUUGUUUCUGUGCAAGGAACUAAUGAGAGGACUGUAACUGUGCCUCUAUUUCUCUGUUUUUACACACUCAAACCCAGCAUUCAGAUGAACUGCUUCCAGAGUGCAGUUUAAAAGACAGCUGCUUGGAAUCUCUUAAAUAUCAAGUUCACUCUUCCGCUCUCUUUUUGGGAUUUGGCACUUGAUAGGAGAUCAUUAACUUUGUUUACUCUCAGACAAUGGACUUGUCCUUGCACCCUACUACAGUGAGUGAGUGCAACAAGCAGGGGACAGGAGCACGCUUCACUGUCCGCUCGGCUAGCUCUCCCUCAUACAGUCUCAGUCGCAGGCCAGGUGUUAGGAAAGCCAGAAGUCUUUCUGUGGAGGAGAGGGAGGAUACUAAAGAAGCUGGAAAAAGAGAGAGAUAUGGGACAAACCAUGGCACAAAUGUUACAAAUAAGGAGGAGGACGGAGUCACUAGUUAUCAAGCCAGGACUGGGUGUCACAGCAGAGUUAGAGGUCAGUAUGGGGAAAAGGAAGGCUGUGAAAUGUCCCCCAAGCUAAACCAGAAUGGCACGGGAGACAAAAUAAUCACAGAGUUUGGCACUGACAGAAGUGAAAACCCUGCAUUUGAAAGCCGGGGCAGGACAGAGUGGAGGACACACGACCUGCCAAGUAGAAGUAAGAGUUUAGAUUGGAGAACGGAGGUGAGAAGUCCUGAUCGGUUCACCAGAGCAAGCAUGUUGUCAACCAAAAGAGGAGAGGACAUGAAUAAACAGGCUGGUGGCUUGGAUGAAAAAAGGACAGGGGCUGAAGGUGUAAGGGGCAGGGUGAUGUCUUCGAUACAUGUCUAUGACUCUGCAGGUACAAGGGAUGUUGUUCUAGAGAGGAACCCACUGAGUCACAUGAGCCAGACUUUGGACAGAGCCAGCAGGGGUCAUUCUCUCCCCUCCAGGCUGAGGUCCCUAUCUGGCUCUAGGUUCACAGAGACAGCUACUUCAUUUGGACCCAAAGGAGGUCAGAGUAUACUGGAGCGGAUAGAGAAACUCUAUGGGUCUGCUGGUUUUGGUAAAGCUGAGGAUUACAGCAAAACUCCUAUAACAACCCCAGAUUCCCCUAUUUCACCACAGCAGAGGUCAUAUGAGAGGGCAGCAGGGGGAACUUUCCCUAGGCGUUUCUCUUCAGGAGAGAAAAAUAGCCUCCAUCCAGUGCCAAGCAGGAAAUCCGUCACCUGGACACCUCAGAAAGACACCUCAGGUUCUGACAGUUCACUUUCUCCAGAGAGAAGCAGGAGAUUGUCAGGGGGACAGUGUCAAGAACAGAUCCAAAGCAAGUAUUCACAGGAAGGUGGAGUUAACUGUGAGAAAGGAUUGGUGGAAAUAAGUACAAGGUCUCUGGAUAGAGCAAGGAGUAGGAACACUGCAGCAGCUCAGAUUAGAUCUGCCAGGGCUACAGGAGGGAUAACUGCACCCUCAGAGUCAAACACUUUCUUAAAAGAAGAGACAUCCGUUUUUCUCAAAGAUUCAUUUGGAUUCAGAGAGAGAAGAGCAAAUGAAAGUAAGGAUCAGGGCAGGACGAAACAUGGAGAGGAAAAAUGUGGGACAAAUGGAAUAAAUAGGGCAAAAGAGACAGAUGAAAAAGAAAAAAAUGAAAUGAAGAAUAGUAGCCCUGACGAAGUGUUUGAGUCAAGGAAAAUUACAAUGAAAACAACAGAGAGGAAGAAGUUCCCAGAGAUGUUGCCAGUCACCUCUGCAGCCAGUGUGAGAAACAAGAUCAGUCAGUUUGAGGCUCUGUCACUGAGAGCUCAAGGUUUGGCAACUGGACAGGUCCUUGUGCCCAGAAGAGCCUUUUCUGUGCCAACAAAACUCAGCAGGAGCCACGAUGGAGUGAAGAAGAGCGAGUCAGCAAAAGAAAUAGGUGUUUUAAGGGACAAGUGGGAAGGAUUGAAAGGGGUAGGGGAGGUAGAUGAUAAAUCUGAAGAGAAAGUGACAGGGGCAGGAAAGAAGCUGGUGUCAGAAAGGUCUUUAUCAAUGGACGAGGUUGGGCUAAGAUUUGGGAGGAAAGAGAGGGAAGGGAAUAAUUUGGUUCCGAGUGAAAGAAAAGAAAUGGAUAGCGGUAACGACUGUGCUGAAGAUUUUGGUAAAUAUUCCAGACUCAAGAGUACACUUGAAAUCCCUCUAAACGGAGAGGCUCAAAGACGGCUUCGAAACUUUUACAUGGACGAGACAGAUUUCUCCAAAGUCUCAAGCCCUGAGGAAGCAAGCGAGAAAGAUAUGAUGGCCAACAAUGUACCAUCCCUUCUACUGUCUAAUUCCAGUGAUGCCUCCACUAAUGUGCAGAAAGUGACAGCCUCUGGGAUUACUUCACCUGUUAGUGAUGAUGACAAGACUCCAACAAACACCCCUAACCACUCACCCUUUCUUUCACCUACCUCGCUACGGGAAAAUGCCCCUCCCAUUGCAGAUAAAUAUGACAGCAAUUCUGUCUUCACACAACCAGCCAAAGCUCCCGAUCCAGAAUCCCCACCUCUCCAUCACCCCCUCACCACCUCCAACCUCCCAUCCCCUCUCAACACAGCCAACCGGAAAGGGAAGAAACAGGUAUUAGACAUGGAUGCUUGGGUAGCUGGCUUGAACCCAGAGAUUAAGGUCUGGAAUGAUGAUGAAGAUGAUUAUGAGGAUGAUGAUGAUGAAAGUACGCAGAAGGAUGAAGAUUCAAACUAUGAUUCAGACUCUGGAGAGUCCUCAGUGACCAUCACCAGUAACAUGAGCCAGUCAGAUCGUAAGAGCUUCUGUGUCAGUCUUUCAGACCUGUGUAACUUUGCUGGAGUUGACUACGAGUCAGAGAAUGACAGCGAUGAGUGGCAAACAACAGGCCGGCGGUCGGCCUCACUGAGCUCGGACGUUUCUGCUCUCUCCUGUGUGUCUGUGAUGCCCACCGAGGAGCUUGACAGGCUUCUGGAGGAUGUCAGGAGCCUGGGGGACAACACCCUGCAGGACUAUGACGAUGUGCAGGUGGUGGUUCUCCAUAAGGAGGUGGGAGUGGGACUAGGCUUCAGUGUCGCAGGAGGCGUGGACCAGAACAAGCCAGUCACUGUCCAUAAGGUUUUUCACUCAGGUGUGGCAGCUCAGGAAGGCUCCAUAAGGGAAGGGAACCAGGUCUUGUCCAUCAACGGCACAGCGUUGUGCGGCUAUGCCCACUGGGAGGCUCUGAGGGUGCUGAGAAGAGCAAAGACUCGUGAGAUGGGAGUGGUGGUCCUGAGGAGGGGAGGUGCUAGCAGCAUCCCUAAAAGCCGAAUGCACACAGAUAAUCAGGGACCAACAGAGACUCAGCUCACUGAGACAGAUCAGCAUGUGUGUGUGCGUCUGGAAAAGAAGAACAGGGAUCUAGGCUUCAGUCUGGAAGGAGGUGAAGGCUCCAGUCUUGGGAACCGACCGCUCACUGUACAGAAGAUCUUCCAGGGAGGUCCAGUUGACAAGGUGUGCCCUGGUGAUGAGGUCCUAGAGAUUGAAGGUGUGAGCAUGGUGGGGAUGAGGCGCCUGGAAGCCUGGACUUUGAUCAAAAAACUCCCCCCUGGGCCUGUGGACGUGGUCCUGCGUCGCCCUCUGAAACAAGUGGAAACAUGAGGAUUAUGGAACCAUCUGUGAGAGACAGCAUUGGCUGCAGUGGCUAAGAAGAUGACAUGAAGUAACUGGGAUAUUUUUCCUCUUAAAACAAUUCAGCUAUUUGUUUACACAUAGUCAUUAUAACAAAGCCCUAAAGGAAAUUUAAUCUUGUUGACCAGGUCAAAAGUGUUUAUUUUUUUCAUGUCUCUCUUUUAAAAAAUGACAUCUACCUCAAGGCCUGGGAUGUUUCUGUAUAAUUAAAAUGCACUGAUGGCUCAUACAUUUAUUAAAUAAACAAACUAGUUUGGUCGGUUCGAGCUAAUAAUGUGGCACUGUGAAUGUAAAUGCAUUUUGUAACAUAUUGUGAAUACAUGCCAACUGUAUUUAGAGUUUAUUUUGCUUUUUAAUAAAUGCUAACAAAUC